GAAGGGAGGUCAGCAGGCGGUCGGCACUGGGGGUUCCUCCGGUUUGGCGGCGCAUGCGACGGCGCAGCAGGAGGCCAAUGAUGCGGUUGGAUACCUUGUUCACUCCCGCGGUCUCCGCGGUCUCUACACUACUCUUGAGGAAAAAGGAACUUUGUUGCAGGAGAUGCAAUAAAAUAUAACAGGCAGUUGGAAAGAAAUCGGUGCUUAGAGGAUUAAUUGUAGUUUAAAAUUUUGCCUAUUUUCCUGAUUUGAAAAAAAAAACAACUUUAACCUUGCAGAGAGAUAAAAAUACAAUGUCAUUUGCUAUUGUAAAUCCAGCAACCCGCAUUUCUUCAAGAUUCUGGGGAAAUUAAGGAUCUUGACCCUGAAAAGUAUCAUUUGGCAUGCCUCAGUAAGCUUGCUCUUUGUGAUGGCUUGUAUUUCUCAUUGAUGAUGCUACUACCAAAAUAACUCAAUUUCACAUCUUGGAGUCUACUGUUGCAUAUACAUUCAAAAGAGGGGAACAGUCUGCUAAUGAUAUGGCCUCGUUGCUCAUUCCCUUUGACUUGUUGGAUGGGAUUUUCUUUUGAUCAUCUUAUUUGUUUUAUUUCUUUCAGUUACAGAUAAGGGUGAUACUUUGGAGCUGAGGGGAAUAGCUUUUAAUCUGUAUUGCAUUUACAGUCAAAUUUCAAUUGCAUGUCAUGAGAGAGGGAAUUUUAUUUAGAUGCCAUUUAAUGUUUGUGCUUGUUUUCCUCUUUGCAAAUGGAAUAAGAAAAAAAGGCAGUGUGCUCUCUCUGGUUAUAGUACAUCUGUAUUUAUUAUGAACUGCACCUGAGAGGGUAUACAAAAAUGACUUUUAUGUUAUUUACUGUUGAAGAUGCCAUUUGAUUUUCAUCUACUUUUGGUUAUCCCCAUAAUUUUUAGGACCAUAUCUCUUUGUUUUAUGAUCAUCAAACUAUUGCCACUUUUGUUGAUUAUUUCAAGAUUUUUCUUAAUGCAAUUGUUUUAAAUAUCUAGAGUUGAAGUGACAACUGGGUAUGAGUUCUGAAUUAUCUACUUGUACUAGAAUUUAUACAAACUUAAUAAAUUUGCCAAAUCCCCAUUUUGAAUUUUAUAGAUGUUUUUUGUUGUGUAGAACAUUACCAAUGAUAAAAAGAUAUGCACUCUGUCCUUUAUUAAUUAAUUCCUCUGAUAUUGGAUAAUAUGUUUUUGACCUUGUUUAUCUCACCGGUCCCUACAUUAGCAGAGUAAUAAUUAGGGAGAUAUAAUUGGAGCUCACUUUAUUAGCCAUUUAGCUAAUAUGAUUUUAUCUAAUAAAAAGGGCAUACUCCUAUUCUUUGUUAGUUUUUCAUUUUCCAAUCAUUCAUGGUUAUUUGUUAUGUUCAAUUCUGUGAUAAUUGGGAUAGGUUGCCUAUGCUUUUGUCCUUCCAUUUUCUGGAAAUUGGCAAUAUUUAACUGAGAAUUGUUUUAUGCUAUUCUUCUUCCAUUUAUUGCUUUUAACAGGCUUCUUGUUUGCAGCUAUCAUUAUCUGCCUCAAAGUUACGCGACCUUGAUGUUCUGUCAAAGAGUGAUCCACUUGCCGUUCUCCAUUUGAAAAGAACAGAUGGUAUUCUUGAAGAACUUGGGCGUACAGAAGUGAUAAUGAAUAAUCUGAGUCCUACUUGGAUCACCAAAUUUACCAUCAAUUACCAGUUUGAAAUUGUUCAACACUUGGUUAUCGGAGUCUAUGAUGUGGACACCAAAUAUCAUAAUAUGCCUGUUAAGACUAUCAAUUUGAAUGAGCAAGACUAUCUUGGAGAAGCUUCUUGUGUUUUGUCAGAGAUAGUGACCAAGCCAAGCAGCAGUUUGACUCUAACUCUCCAACAAAAAAGGGGGCCUUCUAGUGUGCGUUCAGGAACCAUAACUGUGCAUGCUGAGGAGCCAGUUUCUUCCAGGAAUGCUUUUGAGAUAACAUUCCGCUGUUCAAAGUUGGAAAAUAAAGAUGUUUUCUCUAAAAGUGAUCCAUUUUUACGAAUAUCAAAGGUUGUUGAGAGUGGUAUCACUAUUCCAGUAUGCAAAACAGAAGUUGUCAACAAUGACCUGAACCCGAUUUGGAAACCUGUGACUCUGCGCAUGCAGCAGCUUGGCAGCAAGGAGAAUCCAUUGAUUAUUGAAUGUUUUGAUUUCAAUGUCAGUGGCAAGCAUGAACAGCUAGGCACGCUUCAGACUAGUGUGGCAGAUAUUGAGAAGCUUGCAUGGGAAAGAGGUAGUGCAAAUUUUUACGCACAUUCUCAUCACGGUGCCAAAAAGAUGCUGAAGGGACAGUUGUUUGUGGAUAAUUUCAUUGAAAAAUCUCAAUUCAGUUUCUUGGAUUAUAUAUCCAGUGGAUUUCAGCUUAAUUUUAUGGUUGCAAUUGAUUUUACAGCUUCAAACGGAGAUCCAAGACAUACUUCUUCCUUGCAUUUUAUUGAUCCAUCUGGACGCUUAAAUUCCUACCAGCAGGCCAUAAUAAGUGUUGGGGAGGUCCUGCAGUUCUAUGAUUCUGAUAAGCACUUUCCUGCAUGGGGUUUUGGUGGGAGGAUAUCACAUGGAUCAGUUUCUCAUUGUUUCAACCUUAAUGGGAGUCCUGGGGAGAGCGAGGUUUCAGGAGUAGAAGGCAUUAUGGCGGCCUAUGCAAUGGCUCUACAUAAUGUGGCCCUUUCUGGACCGACUCUGUUUGGUCCAGUGAUCUGUAAAGCUGCAGAAAUCGCCACCCAAUCCCUAUCUAUUGGGCAAAACAAGUACUAUGCAUUGCUUAUAAUUACGGAUGGAGUUAUUACUGAUUUGCAGGCAACCGUGGAUGCUAUCGUGAGGGCUUCUGAUUUACCCAUGUCGAUUCUCAUUGUUGGAGUAGGAGGUGCUGAUUUCAAAGAAAUGGAGUUCCUGGAUGCUGAUAAUGGAAAAAGAUUAGAGAGCUCCACAGGACGAAUAGCUACUCGGGACAUCGUCCAGUUUGUUCCUAUGCGGGAUUUGCAGGGGAAUCAAGUUUCGGUGGCUCAGUCGCUGCUUGAAGAGCUGCCGGUACAAUUUCUAUCCUACAUGUGGAGCAGGGACAUCAAACCAUUUAGUUUACGCUCCUAACAAACCUUCUCCGUGCCGCCCAUGCAGACACUUUCUCCUUCCUAAUCUCUUGUACAGAUCUUUACAGUGUUUGCAGUUUGGUUUUCUAUCUGCAAUUAUAAUUCAUCCGCUUCACAUUUUUAAUUGACGAAAGGAAACCUUUGUGUUAAUGGUCAAUGAUCCCGUGCAGGUUUUGGGGAAGAGUUGGAUUGAGUUUAUUGUACUUAGUUUUGCUAGAAGUUGUUUUUGCGAUUUGAAUUCGUGACUUUAAGAUCACAUAGACAAUAAUUUUACUAAGACAUUCGUUCAA